AGUGUCAACUUGAAUUGUGGCUGCGGCAAACAUAACAACUGGGCGUUUUGAAAUUCCAAGUCGACGGCCACAGGAAUGUGCAUUGCAACCUGAAUGAACCAGCUUGUCGCUGCGAUUUCGGUGUAGCCCACGGUUUGGUUUCGGAGCGUGGGAACCUUUAUAUCUAUCCCCUACAGAUGGCUAUUCAGGAUUUCGACAGAUGGUUACAAUACAUGAUGCUCUCGUCUCUUCUGGUAGUACAAGUAGUCCCUGGCAGCCAGUCCGUCGCCCAGGCAACUGCUCGUCGACACCAUUCACCCUGGGAGUCUAACAACACCCUCACCACACCGGGCACACCCAAUCCCCACACAUCAACACUCAACACAACACCCGCGCCCACGCCUAACUAUCCGAUCACUCAGUCGACCACCACCACCUCCACUCCAGCACCACCACCAUCACCAUCACCACCAUAUACGAACGCCCGCCCGCCCACUUAUCCCAUAAUGGUUCCAUCGCGGAUCUCGUCCAUCCCACACCCCGUAGCGCCUUUAGGAACUCAGCGCACCUCGACAUCCAGCCCGGGCGACGACUUCCUCGGCGCCUCGUCGCCCAUCUUAGUUGCACCCCCACCCCCCCUUACACACGGCGGCAAGCGGAAGCGCACUUUGCACCCGGAGGUCUACGCCGACGCCGACGACGACGCUCGGGGGGCCGCCGAGGAGGGAGUCCAUGUAUUAGCAACCCUCUCGCAUGAUGAUUCUAGGCUACAAGUGCCGCGGCCCGCAAAAAGGGGGCAGAACCCAAGGAAUGUGCGACAUUCGGCGCCCGAGCUGGUGCCGACUCCGGGGCCGGGGGGGGGAGAGGAGGAGGGAGAGGAGGAGGGCGCCGCCGCCGCCGCCGGGCGCAAGGCGAAAAGGGCAAGGCAGUCGGCGCCGGAGGUUGUGGUGAGUCCUGUUGAGGACGGGGAGGAGGGGGAGGAGGAGGGGGAAGGGAAAGAUGGGGAGGACGAGGAGGACGAGGAGGAGGGGAAAGAGCCCAAAGAACGCCCGCUGAGCCGCCUUGAGCGGGAGCUGCAGCAGGCGAAGCAGGCGGAGCGGGCGCGGCAACGGAACAAGUGGGUAUUUGCGCAGGUCGAGCUGCGACUGCAGCAACUGAAGGGGCUCGAGCGCCGGAAAAGCCAAAGAUUCGAGAACCCCAAGCGCCAGACGAGGGAGUCCGCGGCGCGGAGAGCGAGCGCCGAGAGGCGCCACACACUCGACUCCACCACGCGCAGCUCUAGCGCGGAGGUCGAGGUCGUUCAUGUCGAGGGCUUUGGUGAGAGGCGGAAUAAAGCGGAGGUGGAGUUGGAGGAGGAGGAUGUGGACGACUAUGGGGUCCUGAAGGAUCGCCCGUGGAGCGAGGAGGAGACUACCGCUGUGGUCAUGGGGAUGGAUAAGUUCCGGGCGGGCGAGGAUAGGUGGAACCAGAUCAAGCUGGAGCAUCCGCAGGUCCUGAGGCGGCGGACGCCCGCCGAUUGUCUGGAGAAGGCGAUUGAAAUCAGGAGAGUAGUGAGAGAUGAACUAGGGAUUCGGCUAGGUUCCAAGUGGGAGAACUUUUGAGUUGUGUGUGGUUUUGUUGUUCUCGGGGGCGUCUGUGUUUUGCUUUGCUCUUUCCGCCUGGCGUUUGACUUUAUGAUGCGCGGAGUUGGUUGCGUGUGAUGUUUUUUGAAGAUGCUUGGGUGUUUUAUGUUGGCAAUGUUUGGAGCGUACUUGGAGGGGACAGCCGCAGACAGGUGCAAUUUACAGUUAUCAUUGUGACUCUAGGGCCGGAAGACGGUAU